UCUCUUUACUUGCUGACACUUUUCUGGUCUGACUAACACUUCUUCCUUUGAGUAUUGCUUCCUCUUUGUUAAUAGGUUAAAUAUCAGAGCCUUUGUUAAUAGGUUAAAUAUCAGAGCCCUUACAGGAUGUGUGUGGUGUAGCAUGACUGAGAACUGGGGUUUUCGUUGAUGUGACCAUAGACUUGGCAGCAUUCACAGAGGAGAGCUCGGUAGUCAGAUGCCUUCGUGUGCUGGGCUGGCACUCAGGGAAGUGGCCACCGCUGUCGUGAUUGCGGAGUAGAGACGCAGUUGCAGGAAGUAUCCAGUUCAAUUGGAGAAUUAAAGCGGCCCGUAAACAGAGCCAUUCUUUCACUUUCUUCUGCAGAACUCAUGUUUUCACAUCUUUCCUUUGACUGUGUCCUGUGGUUGCUACUACUUACAACCUUUCCAAGGAUUAACACUACUGAGGAACAUGGCUCAGAGUCUUUGAAAGGAUCGUACAUAGUUGAGGUGGGUCAGAAUGCUUAUCUGCCCUGCAGCUACGUGCCAGCCACCUCUGAGGAUCUCGUGCCUGUGUGCUGGGGCAAGGGAUCCUGUCCUGCUUUUCAAUGUUACAGUACGGUGCUCAGCACUGAUGGAAGGGACUUGAAAUAUCAGAUAUCCAGAAGAUACAAACUAAAGGGGAAUUUAUACAAAGGAGACGUGUCCUUGACCAUAGAGAAUGUGACGUUAGCCGACAGUGGGACUUAUUGCUGCCGCAUCCAGUUCUCAGGCCCAAUGAAUGAUAAAAAAUCAAACCUGCAGUUGGAAAUCAUACCAGCCAAGGUCACCCCUGCUUGGACUGCAUGGAGAGACAUUACUACAGCCUUUCCAAGGUUACUCACCACCGAGGGACAUGACUCAGAGACGCAGACAAUGGAGACCUUCGAUGAUAGAAGUCAAACACAGAUACCCACAUUGGCUAAUGAGUUACAAGAUGCUGGUGCGACCACCAGGAUAAGUGUCUACAUUGGAGCAGGGAUCUCUGCUGGGCUGACUCUGGUUCUUAUCUUUGGUGCCUUAAUUCUCAAAUGGUAUUCUCAUAAGAAAGAGAAGUUACAGAAUUCAAGCCUCAUCACUUUGGCUAACCUCCCUCCCUUAGGGUUAGCUAAUACAGUAGCAGAGGGAAUGCGCUCAGAGGAAAACAUCUAUACCAUUGAGGAGAACAUAUAUGAAAUGGAGGAUCCAUCGGAGUAUUACUGCUAUGUCAGCAGUGAGCAGCAAUCCUGACAACUUCUGAGGCUCACCAUUCUAUGUCGUCGGACCCAGCUUCAUUUUUGUGCUUAUAUUGUCUUCUCUGAAAACUAUCAAAUGUGUCAGCUGAUUGGCUUUAAGGUUCUGUCCAUGGCUCCCAAGCACUGUUUUUCCAUUUCUGAAGAUAAUUAGCUCACAAGGGAUUGAACCAUGACCUGCACUGUUCUCAGACAGGUUACAACAUUACUUUUCCCCAACCAGCAAGGUUAUUCAACUCAGAGACUGAUAAAAGGGGAAUUUCUAAUAUGGGGUCUCUGGAAUUCCAGGAAAUUUAGUCACAUGAUGUGUCCACGAAGCUCUUAAAAAUGUAGGGACGGUUAUGUAAAUAUCUUUUUUUUUUUAGUACAGAAAGUCUAGAGGGGCACUGAUUUUCAAAAAGAUAUGGGACUCAUUAAAGGAUAAGAAACGCCUGGAGUAGAACUAGAUGGUCUCGAAGGUUCCCUUUGAGUCUCAGGGUUUAUGCUUCUUUGCAUGUUGACUCUCCAGCAGUAAGUGCCACUGCACAGCUCUUUUUUGCCUGUUACGAGGACAGCCCAGCAAACCCAUGGUAUGGCAGGAGCUCCUGGGGAAAAAGGAAGCACACUCAGUGUGUGUGUUGCUGUUUUGCUCGGUGAUCACUCAAAGGGAAAUAUCUCUGAUCAACUUCUCCAUUCAUGGAGAGAACUGGAGCUGUGUUUUUCACAGAAGAAGCAGUGACUGGGACACAAAUUUGAUUUUGUGGUAGAGAGAAAAGGCAAUCUGUAUUUGUCCGCUUCAGAUUCCUUGAUGGAAAGACAGUGGUCUUUAAGCCUCAAUACAAGAAUGUAGAGACUAAAUCUGCCUUACUUAUUUGUUGCCUUCCUAAUGCCUUGCACUGCUCUCACACAUAAUAGAAUUUACUAAAUAUCUUUGGUAUGAAAACAUUAGAUAAGCAGAAAGGUAGCUUCCUGCAGUCUUUCCCAUUGGAGAGUUCAGACAGCUCUUUAACCUCACUUCUUAGAGAAUUCGCAAAUAUCCCCAGACUCCCUGUACCCUUAAGUAGGCAAAAGUGGCCUCUGCUGCUCAGCACAUUGUGCCAUCUCAGGCCCUUGGAAGUCUGCCACCCUCUUGUCUGUUUCCCUCUUUCUGCUGAGCCUCCUCAGCACACAAGGAAUCAGUCAACAAUAUGGACCUGUCACUGCCUGAAAACUGCCCUUCCCCAGGUGAUGACUAAAGUGCUACUGUGCUACGUGCAGUACAUGUUGGUCACCAACAACACAGGCAGCCUGUUUGUUUCUAGAAGUCUUUCAGGCAUUCCGAAUUAUUGUGUGAACUAUAUAGUGUUUGGGCUGCAUCUAGACAGUUUUGGGAGGCACUGGAUUUCUGUAGGGAGAUAUGUAAAGGAGAUCAUUGUGCAAAAUCGUAGGCAGUGGCUCUCAUACAAGCUGAAAAAUUAAUCGUAAAUGUAUUAAAGGUUUUGAAAUUCUAGGAGGGAUGGGACUUCAGAACACAUUUGGACCAGAUCGAUGGCCUCCUCCAAAAGAGGCUCAUCCUACAAAAACUUUUAAACUAGGGUAAGUGUGCAGGCAUUAUCAUUGCAAUGACGUUCACAGGAAAUGUUUUCUAUCAGCAGGGCAAUAGUUGAUUAUUGUGGUACAUCAGCACACUGGUGCAGUAAAAAGGAAUUCGGUGGUUUCAUCAUUGAGCCAUAUGCUAAUUUAACACAUAUUUAUUAAGUGCUUAACGUGUGCCUGGUACUUUGGUGCUGAGAACAUAGAGACCAAUAGGCAUAUCCCUGAGCCCAUAGAACUGGUGGAUCUGACAGGCUGGAGGAUUCAUUCCAUCUACUUAUUCAUUGAACACUUAUUGUCAGGUACUUUGUCAGACAGUGUAUUAGUCCCUAGGACUAUCUCAGUGAAGGAAGCAGACAAAACCCCUACUGUCACAAAGCUUAAGUUACUUGUCAGAGAAAAAUGCUAUAGCGCUAAGUUAAAAGAAAAAUAAAGUUCUCGAAUAGUAUGUCUAAUUGAUGCAAAUUUUAUCUUAUGCCUCAAAAAAAUGUGGAAGAAUAUACUCAAUAUGUUUACCCCACUGUGGCAAAUGAUCAAGAGAUGUUCACUUUUUCCUUUUAACAUGCCUUUGUAAUUGAUGAUCUCUAUUUUCUUUUGUAAUGAAAAGAUUAGAUUUAAGCAUAUAGCAAUGUUUUUCUGUCUGCCUUCCUCAUUAUAGAAAGAAAUGAAGAUGGGGACAGGUCAAGUUCAAGGUCAGGGCCAGCAAGAGAGUGUGCCAGAAAGCCAGGACUGGAACCCUGGUUUUCAGAGUAGGAGCCACUGUAAAUCAAUUAUUUAGAAUGGGGAUGAAGGCGGAAAGGAGAACGAAAAGCUCCAUAUGCCCUGGAGAUGACAAGUGGUAACUUAAUUAAAAAUAGUGUGUUAAGAUUGAAUAUGUUGUCUGUUCCUAGAAGUACCUUUGGAUUUUUUUCCCAGGCUCUACCUAAGCGACCUAUAGUCUGUGCAAAGUGGGGGCUGCUUGUCUUUUUAGACUGAAAAAAUAAGGUCUUGCUAUGUUUUAUCUAUUACUUUUGCUAGAUUUGGAAUUUCUAAGGUAGUAAUUUCAAGCUGUUCAAGCCCACAUUACAGGCAUACCUCAUUUUAUCGCAUUUUGCUUUAUUGUGCUUCAUAGGUGCUGAGGUUUUUUUAAAAAAAUAUAUUGAAGGUCCUCCACCAGCAAAAAGAUUCUGACCUGCCUUAUUUAUUUAGGUGGUCUGGAACUGAAUCUACAAUAUCUCCAAGGUAGGCCUGCUAUUGAUUUAUGCCUAUUCUCAUUAAAAUUUUAAUGUUAUUCUCAUUUAAAUUUAAGUUAAAAAAAUUAAACUGAACCAGAUUAAUUUGUCUUCAGAGUUUUUAUCAAGAAAGUCUGACUCCUGGUGAUAAGUAGAGAUGCCCUAAAACUGUAAUUGUUUAGGAUUUCCUACCAGCCUUUUCUGGGAAUCAGUUGAGAAGCCAGGAAAAGGAGAGAGAGGCAGCUGGACCAUUGGGUUGAAAGGUUCUCAAGCUACCGCGGAGUUCAGAUUUUGGCUGAUUUUCAUUGGAAACCUGUGCAAAGGAGCAGUAUGAGUCAGAAAUGUUAGUUUCAGGCUUCUAGAUCCUCUGUGUCUUUUUCUCAGUCUAUUGACUGCAAUUACGAAGGUCAUUCCAAGUGACUCAUUUACUCAUAGCAGUGAUUUUCUUUUUGGAAUUCUUGUUUAAAUUCCUUCUGCUAUAGUGUGACUCUCUUUUCUCAGAGAAAGCAGUGAGAUUUUUUUUUAAUGGUUAUUUAAGCCAUUCAUGUGUGCUGGUGUGAGACAUCUUUUUAAAUGUGCACAUUAUUUUAAUAUAGUUGUUUUGUGGGUACAUCACCUUUGAAAAAUAUUUUAUUAUAGACUUGUAGUCUAUAUUUGCUUCACGCUUUAUGAUAAGUUGGUAUGUUUCCUUUGAAAUUUCCACAUUUUGUAUUUCUGCUUUUAAACCUAGUUCACGUAAAAUAGAAAUAUUUUACAUUCCAAUGCAAUGUUUAUUUUCUUUUUGCCAGCUCUGAAGUAUCCAUAUAUCUAUAUAUCUGUAUCUAGUCUGCUUUUAAUUUUAUUGUCCACAGUUUUACUUAUGAUUACUAUUCAAUUUUGUACUAAAUUUAGUUCUUGUUCAGAAAACACUCAAGUUGAAAUUAACUACUGUAGAAAUGUAGGUGGAGGUUGUCUCACAGUUUUGUUCUACUGAUAUUAUAGAUUUCUGGAUUAUUUUUCUUUAUCCAAAAGUUCACCACUAGAUCUUAGGAAAAAAUCUCUUGACCUUAGUACCGGCUAAAUCUGAGAGUUGAAGUAAGGAUCCAGUGAUGAGGGGCCUUUAAAAUCUGCCAGCUGCCCAGGCCUAAGUAACAUUCUCAGUAAUGUUCUCAGAAGAGCUGUUCUUGGUUCUCUCAGGCAACCCUCCUCCCACAAAAAUUUCUGCUACACAAAUAGCAACCAAAUAGUUUCUAAUCACCAUGGGAGAAAAUAGUUAUCUGACUUGAUGGAAUUUCAGAUAAAAACUAAGAAAUGUGACAUUUAACUAUACUAGUAGCUAUUUUAUUUCAAGCAAAUGUCCUUAUAAGGGACACUGUAUGGAGCAGAGAGUUUGGAGCCAUUUGCCUUACAGUAUAUUGAGACUCUGAAUAACAAUCUCUAUUUAAGCAGGGGACACAACUUGUUAAAUUGCUUGUGUCCUUAAUGCUGUCUUUUUUAACUUUUAAUUUUGGAAUAAUUUGAGAUUUACAGAGACUCGUAACAAUGAUACGGGAGUUUCUGUAUUCACCAGUUUCCCACAAUGUUAACAGUUUGCAUAACCAGGGUACAUUUGUCAAAACUAAGACAUUAACAGUGAUAUGACAUUUUCUAAACUAUAGGCUUUGCUUAGAUUCCUAUUAUUGGUUUUUAAAUUUUUUAAUUAAAUAUUCUUUGAAAAAUAUAGUAGCGUUUGGUUAAAGGUGAAAGUCCCCAUUCCCUGUCCUCCUCAUCAAACCUUCUCCCCAAUUCCACUCCCCAGGAAUAAUCAGUGUUAUUGCUUUAUUCUUCUAGACUAGCACUGUCCAGUAAAGUUACAAUGAGAGCUAUAUAGGUAAUUAUAAAUUUUCUACUAGCGACAUUCAAAAAAGUAAAAAAGAAACAGGUGAAAUUAAUUUUAAGAAUAUAUUUAACUCAACCAUCUAAAGUACUAUUAUUUCAAUGUAGAGUAAAUAUAAACAUCAUUAAUGAGUUUAUUUAUUUUUUUAUUGUAAGUCAUCAAAAUUCAGUAUUUUAUAUUUAGAGCACAUCUCAAUUCUGACUGGUCAUAUUUUAAGUGCCUAGUAGCCACAUGUGGCUAGUGGCUGUAGUAUUCGCAUAGUUCUAGAACAUUCUCUGUUCUCUCUCAUACAUACAUAUAGUAACUUACUUUUUACCCAUUGUUUAUAGAAGGCCAUGGGUCCGUAUCAGAAUACACGGGACAACAGCCUUUAUUUAGAUAGCUAUGUAGUAUUAAGUAGAACAAAUGUGCAUAAUCUAUUAAAUCACUUCCCCAUGCAUAGAUAUUUAUUCCUCUCCCCCCCAUUUCAAAUAAGGCUGCAAGGACAAUCCUUUUUUAGAAAACCUAUGUGCACUUGUGUGUACUUCCAAAGUAUAAGUUCUAGAUAAGGAAUCCCUGUGUCGAAGUAAAAUUACAAUGAGAGCUAUAUAGGUAAUUACAAAUUUUCAUGAAGUAGUAUGACUUAUAGAAUAAUGAUUUAUUUUAAAACAUAUAUACCAGUCAUUGUAUUGCUAAAUGUAUACUAUUUUACUCAAGCAAUCAUUUCAGAAAACUAUUCUAGCAAUGUUUCUUUCACUCAAAAUAAUUCGCCUUUGUUUUCUGAAAUUUGACUUAAGAACCAUUUUAUGCUAAAAUACCUAGGUCAAAUGACUCUCAUAGGCCUUAUUUGUUUUUAGUCAUAGUUAUUAUUUAUUCACUUAUUUAUUUCCUCCAUCCCUUCCUCCUUUCAUUCCUUCCAUCCACCAGCCACCCAUCCAUUUAUCUACCCACUCAUUCAUUCAUCCACUUUUUCAUCCAUCCAUCCACAUCCAUCGAAAAUAUAGCUUCCUACUUGGUAUCCCCCUAUUCCACUUUUGCUCUCCUAAUAGUUCAUUCUCCUCAUACAGAAGUUUAAGUGUUUUCCUUUUCUUUUUUAAAAUCAUCAACCAGAUUCAAUUACUCUGUUAUUUAACACCUUUCAACAGCUUCCAAUGGGACUGGAUUUCUGCUGACCUCAUCAGCCUCUCCCGAUUCUCUAUGCCACAUUGGUCUCCUUUCUGCUUCUAGAACAGAUCAAGUUCUUUCUGGUUUUAGCGUUUUUUUUUCAGUGGAGUUGUUUACCUGUGGAAUAUUUCCGUUAGACUGUUUGCAGAGCUUCCUCUUUCACAUCUUUGAGUUUCCAGCUUAGAUGUCAACUGAGAGCUUUCCCAAUGCAAUGAGAAAAGACCAACCUGCCCAUCUCUAGUCCAGUUUAUUUCCUACAUAAUUUAUUCAAAUCUGAAAUUCUCUAACUUUUUAAUUUUGUGUGGUGUGUGUGUGUGUGUGUGUGUGUGUGUGUGUGUGUGUGUGAGUGAUUUGUCUUCCUCGAGCCUCAACUAGACAGUAAACUCUAUCAUUCAUCUUAUACCCCAGGGGCCUAGUAAAAUAACUGACUUGUAGUGGAUGCUAAAUAAGCAUUUGUAGACUGAUUGAGUCAAUGAUAUAUACCUACUAUAUUGUAAACUCAAGCUAUGAUACAAGUGCCACAGAUAGAAGAUUCGUAUAUUCAAGGAAGUCAGAGUCUAUCAAGGCAGCCCAAUAUCCAAGCAAACAAUUAUAAUAAAAGUUAAUAAGCAUUAGCAGACCUGCAUACUAGAUUCUAAAUGAAACAGAAAAGCCUUUGUUUCUUUUUGGUGAUGUCUUCAUUUUUUUUUUUUUCUUAUUCUUGUAAAUGUUAAUCCUUGUCUUUACCACUUUCUUAAUUUAACAUCCAUAUAAUACCAAGUGAAUGUCAUAGAAUAAGGAUGGCCUGUUACACAGCAGAUGCUCAAUAAAUAUUAACUGGGUAAAUGCAUGAAGUGAUACAGGUGACAUAGAUUCUAACAGCAGACACCUAAAUAAAUAUAUAGUGACCUGAUAUAUUUUCUACUUUGUAGAAAAGCAUGCUUUGUAGUAUAAGUGCUUAUAUGUUAAUUCAAGCAUUAUUUCAUGAUCUUCUGUCUUUCUUGGUAAUUGGUAGUGUCUGAAUGUAGCUUUAGUUAAUUUAAGUUGCUUUCUUUUCCCUCUAUCUGGGAUAAAGAAAUGAUGGUUAUAAUUAAUUUGCAAAAAAUAUCUUAUGUAAAUGUAAAAGAAUUCCACUUUUGUAAGAACACACAGUUUGGGGGUUUGCUUGGGUUCCUGUGUGUGUGUGUGUGUGUGUGUGUGUGUGUGUGUGUAUGUGUUAAAACGUUUUACAUAUAUUAUAUGAGUAGUACAUUUGUAAAUUCUUAUUGUAAAAACUCAGCUGAUACCUAAAUAACUUUAAACUAAAAGACACCCCUGUCUCAGCUUGCUUUCUUAUCACAGAGUACAGACACUGAACAGUCUCAGACACUAACAGUAGUUAGUCACACAUGCCUUUCCUAUGACUUUUCCAUAUGAUAUAUAUGUAUAUGUUGUCAUUUGGUUACAGCAUUUUUACAAAAAUAGGUUUCUAUGAAAUAUAUUUGUAUGAAUAGUUUUUUCACUUGAUAUUUUUUAGAAACAGUUCCAUACAAGUGUCCCAAUAAAAUGUCACAUUCUU